UCUACUUAUCUACAGCCCAGCCUGUUAGUAGACUUACUGCGGCUCAGUCUUUAGGCUUUCUUUUCUCUUCAGACUUAGCUGAUUUGUUGAGAACGAUUACUUUUUGUUUAGAAAUGUUUGUUGGAGUUCAAGGGAGGCAGAUGUCGAUCCUUGUUAAGGCUCUGGAAGACAUAAAGCAGAGGAAAUACGAAGCAAGGCCAAAGCUGGACGGACCCUCUCUUGGAUUCUUAAAGCACCAUCAGAGAGAUGGGAAAUAUUCAAAGAGCCACAAAGAGGAAAUGGUAACAGAGAGAAACAGAGGAAAGAGGAUCGGUGCCUUCUGAGAAGUGAACUAGCUUUCAGGGUAAUGAGCAAUAUGUGAACUUGUUAACUAGGCCUAUUCUCUUUGACCUUAAUUUAAACUGAGGAUUAGCCAUCUCAUCAGAGUUCUUGGUGAAAAGCCAAGGCUUGUUUUGCCUCGAGCAAACUCAAAAGAAGGAUUGGGAAGGAAACUAGCUGCUCAUUCCCUUGGAGAAAGCUUUUGCAUAUUUCCUUUGGCAAGGAACUUGAAGCGAUUAAAAAGCUAAUUUAUUUGGACUGACUUCAAGAGAAGAAAAACACACCGCAUUUACAUUUAUUGCCGUAAUGGAUUUGGAUCAGUUCUAUAGCUCAGCCCAGGAGCAUGCUGUUUAUCUACCUGAAUUCAGCUCAUCAAAGGAUCCAAGAACUUAUUGAUAAUCUCCGUCUUCUCAGGCAAUGGAGCUUCGUAAGAGAGUUAAGCUGAGCAAGCUGCAACAUAAUUCAGGCCUUUCACGAGAUGCAGCAGCUGAAGGGAGAUGCAGCAGUAACAUGAUGUGGUGGACAGAAAGGUCGAAUGCCACACAGGAGGGCACUGGGGAGGUUUGUCUGCAUGGAGGAUCCGGUACUUGUUCCGGUUCAGACAUUCUACCCCGGUGGCCUUGGCGACAGUGUGUUUCCAUGGCAGCAGGGCUGUUAUUAGCUGGGCUUCUGGCACUGAGUCAGGCUUGGUGCGUCAAUGCCAUCCACGAGAAUCUACUGUGGUUUUCUCAGCUCACGGAAGUGGAGCGGGAGAUCUCGUUUCGGACAGAGUGUGGACUGUACUACUCCUACUACAAGCAAAUGUUGCAGGCCCCAACAAUACACGAAGGGCUCUCAGAAUUGAUCCAUGACAACUUGACAGAAUCUAAGAGGACCAUUAAUCUCCUACAGCGAAUGAAUAUCUACCAAGAGGUCUUUCUCAGUGUUCUCUACAGACUGUUGCCCAUACAGUCGUAUCUGGAGCCAGUGUAUUUCUAUAUUUACACAGUGUUCUCGCUCCAAGCGGUGUAUGUGAUUGCUCUGUACCUCAUAGCAUGGCUCCUGUCUGGUUCCUGGCUGGCUGGUACGCUCACUGGGGUCUGGUACAUCCUCAACAGGGUAGAUACCACUCGCGUGGAGUUCACCAUCUCCCUCAGAGAGAACUGGUCUUUACCCUUCCUGGCGCUGCAGGUCGCCGCUAUCACCUGUUACCUCAGGCCUCAGCUCACCUCCUUACAGCAGAAGGUGAUGGUGUGGUUGAUGUACGUGACAACGUUCUGUUUCUGUCUAACAUGGCAGUUCAACCAGUUCAUCCUGCUUGUUCAGGCUCUCAUCAUAUACACUCUGGACUGUGUCGACUUUUUAACAACUACACAGGUGACCACUAUGUACCUGGUUCAAGUGAGCAGUCUGCUGAGUGUGUGGCUCCUCCAGUUCUGUAACUCCAUGAUACUGGGAUCACUGGUCCUAAGCUUCAUCGUAGCUGCGCUCUUCAUCAGACACUGCCAGUCUAGUCUGAAGACAGGAGGCCUGCUGGUUCGUCUGGGCAAACUGCUUCUCCACAGUGCUAUGGUUCUCCUCCUCACUGUCACCAUCAACUACCUGGCCAAGAAAGCACUUCAGCUCAGAUCAGAUGAACACAUCUUUAAAUUCAUCAAGUCAAAGUUUGCCUUGGGGCCAACAAGGGAUUUUGAUGCCAGUCUGUAUCUGUGUGAGGAGGCCUUUGGCCUGCUGCCCCUCGACACACUGGAGCGCCUGGCUGGUACCCUGCUGCUAUACCCAUACAUCCUCUCGCUGCUGCUGCUCAGUGGCAUGUUGGCAGUGGCUGCACUGCAGAACCUGAGCAGACCUAAAGGAGGUUCAGCUGAGGAGAGGAAAGGAGCCGGAGAGGGGCGAGUGGUGGCUCUCCGUCCAGAUGUGGCCUAUAAUCUGUUGCAUACACUGUUCUAUGGCCUCCUGGCUUUCAGCACUAUGAGGAUGAAAUAUAUAUGGACUGGCCAUAUGUGUGCAGUUGCGGCCUAUGGUGUGUGUGGGAAGGAACUGUGGACUCUGCUUCUCAACACUCUCAGCUGCAACACUAAAGUUCUGUUAAGGCUCGUCAGAUAUGCAGUUCCACUGUUGAUGAUCACUUGCCUGUAUUACAAGUUCUGGCCUAAGCUGAUGGAGGAGUUAUCAGAACUGAGGGAGUUUUAUGAUCCAGACACUGUGGAGCUCAUGACCUGGAUUAGCACAAAGACCCCUAAGCGGGCUGUAUUUGCAGGCAGCAUGCAGCUGCUGGCUGGCAUCAAGCUGUGCACAGGCAGAGUUCUCACCAACCAUCCCCAUUAUGAAGAUAAAGAGCUGCGGGAGAGGACCAAACAGGUGUAUCAGGUGUAUGCUCGUCAAUCCCCGGAGGACGUCUAUGACAUCCUGAGGUCUAUCGGGGCCGACUAUGUGGUGCUGGAAAACAGCAUCUGCUACGAGCGGAGGCACCGGCGAGGCUGCAGACUGAGGGACCUGCUCGACCUGGCCAACGGACAUAUCAUGGACGGACCGGGAGAGAAUGACCCAGACCUUGUCCCGGCCUCCCACCCUCGAUUCUGCGAGGCCAUCAAGACAGACACGGCGGCUUACACUGCACUAUUCACCAGAACAUUCCAGAACAAAACCUUCCAUGUGUACCGGCUCAAGAAGAAGCGCAAGAAAAGCACCAAGAGCUCGUCAGAGCCCAUUGCGACUCAGUAGCAGGUUCAGGGUUGUGAGAAAACCCCCAUCAGAGGCCAAAGGGGAGAGAGACGGAGGAGAAGAAGAGAUAAAAAGCACUGAGUCCUCGCUGUUCCUCUGUCUCCUCUGCACUGUGCCCAGCUGUGAUCAUGCCCAUUAUUUUUUCAACACAUGGCUCUGUGAACUGUGGUGUUAGAGCAGUGUGCCGGUUCAAGCUUGGGGCUGCAUUGUUUUAGUUAGUGGAGUGUGGAAGCACCUAUAGGAGUCCUGCUUCGGGCUGUUCUGUGUCCAGCCACCCACCCUGCCAUUCUCUCAGCACUCACUAGUGCAGAUAAACAGACACAGAAAUGACUAUUAGGCCUCUAAGUAGUGUCUGGAAUACCACAAGCAACUACUAAUUAUUUAGUUUCAUUAGAAGCAGUCAGUGUCAUUUCUGCACAGCAUCAUGAAAUGAACAAAACACUAAUCACUGCUACUUCUAAAUACUGUAAUAGAAUUAUUGUUUUCCUCUCAUACAGGGUAGACCUGGGGUUCAGCAACAUUAAUCAAAAUUAGAUUCAGCAUCAAAUCAGAAUAAUUUAAAAAUCAUUUAUUCAAUCUAUUAUUUUAGUUUUGCUUUGAGCACAUUUAAAAGUCACAAAUAACUUUAUAAAGUCAAAAGUUAAAACUUUGAGAUUGACAUGAAAUACUCAUUACAAUAAGUAAAAGAAAGUAUUUCCAGAUAAAUACAGUACAUUACAAAUAGAGAGAGAAACUAUGUUUUACUGAGAUUAACAAAUCUGGGGAUUGUCAAAGUCUUUCUUUUACGAUUAUUCAUUCUUGGAAAGUGCAAGUUGCCACCGCAGCUCUGACUUAUAUCAGUAAUAAAGUGUAUAAAGGGUAGACAUUUGGGAUCAAAUAAACUAUCAAAAUUUGAUAAACAUUUAAACUUGAACGUGCCAUAUUUGAACAGGGUUGAUUAAAACUGCAAUGGGCUGUUUUUAAAUACCCUAAAGUAUAUAUAUAAAUCUAGUGAGGAGCUUUCAUGUAAUUUUUUAAAAGAAAUUAUGAAGGUCUAAUUGGAAAUGACCUAGAAAAGUAUUUCCUACUUUGACAAACAGUUUCAACUCAAGGUGCAGUUAACUAGCUUGUUUCAUAGCCUUUAACUGCAUUAGUGCAUGAAUCAGAAAUCAGAAAUGGAUCUGUUUGCAUGAAGUUGCACAGCAAAUUAAUUCAUCAAUCUGUGCGUCUGCAAAAUAUAUGGUAAAAGAUGCUUUGGGUGCUUUUGUGACUACUUGAAGGGCUAGUUGAACUACUGUGGUUGGCGAGCUAACCACCAAUAUGCUAGCCAGCUGAGACAUGCUAGCGCUACACAAUAGAUCACAGAGCUUCUUUUCUAUUUUGUUUGUACUGUGCUGUGGCACUCUGUUCUCUGUCUUGUACAUAAUUUCAUUAAAUGAAGAUUUAAUUGAAGAGGGGGGUAAAAGCAUGCAAAGAAGCCUUCUAACUGCCUCGUUAGCUUGGUUUUGCUAACGGGACCAUUUCAUACAGUUUUUUCAAAAGUCGUAUUUGUACUAGUGACUUCUGCCUCAUACUUCUCUGUGAACCAGUCCUCUUUUGUGGAGCACUAUAUGCUUCGAUAGAGGAGUUAAAUCAAAGUGCACAGUGCCACAAAGCUAAUAAGCUACGAUAGCAUCCUCCAUUUUGGACACUGUGGCUUUUUGUUCCCCCAAAGGUCAGCACUGUAGAGAUGGCUCGCUAUUGGUCAAAGGUGCACAUCUGUGGUUUAAAUUCAUCAUAUCUGAAGCUGAAAAAUUCAAACAGGUUAACUUCAACACAGCAAGUGAAUCCACAGAGCAUGGCGAUCCCAUUGAAAUGAACUGAUUACUGGUGUGGCCGAGCCUUUGCAAUGUUAUCCAUAGCACUACUAAGAUUGGUUGGCCAUUGUAGGUAAAACGCAGCUGGGGAAGGCAGGUAUUAUUCAGGGAAUGAACUCCUCACUUUUUUAAAGAUUAAAGUUAUAACUUUAUUACAAAAAAACUCAGAUAUUCUGUGAGAUUAUUAAAUCAUACAUUUUUGAGAAAAAAAAUCUAAAAUUCUCUGAGAUUGAACACAAAUUUAUGAAGAAAAAAUGGGGGGAAAUUGUGGUGUUUUUUUUUUUUUUGGUUACAAAACCACAUCACUUAAAUUUGCAAGGUUGGAUCAACCUCAUCAUGCUGUGGUCAUCACUGGUGGGAAUUCAAGCAAAUGCUGAGACAUUGAAUGAACAUUUAAACAUCCAAUCAAGACAUCCCCUUAUGGUUCAAAAACAGUUCCAAAAUGAAAGCUGUGUCAACAUCUGCAGCGUUACCUGGCCUAUAGCUUGAUGCAUGUCAUUCUCUCUCUCUGUCUCUCUAUCUCUCUCCCCCUUUCACACUUAGCUGCCCUAUCAAUUUAAGGCAAAAAUGCCCCCAAAAAUGCCAAAAUGUGACAUUAACACAGACAGGCCUAUUCAGCUGUUCUACCCAAGUUCAUGUACACAUUGUGCAUUCAGCAGCUUUAUACAUCCCAAAACCUGAAAAUAAUAAAUCAGCUUAGUCUAAAUAUAGUAACCCAGUGUUUCCCACAUAGGACACGAGCCCAGGAGACUUGAUCUCCUAGGUGACCUAUUCAUCCAUCAUGACUUUCUCCCUAUGUGGACCAUAGUGCUCCUUAUUCUACGACACCUGACAUAAUGGCCGUUUUUGAGGUUUUUCAUUUUAAAUUUAUGACUUUAUAAUAUCAGAGAAUAUUCAUGUUUUUUUCAUGUAAAUUUGUAAAUUUAAUCUCGGAAAUUCUGAGUUUUUUUCUUGGAUCACUACCCCUCUCCCCUAGUUCCAUAUUCUUUUUUUUUUUUCUUUUAACCUACGGUGGCCCUAAUUUGCUGCCGUACUCUUGACCUUGGAAAUUGCUGUGAUCCCAACUCAAGGUCCAGAUCUGCUUUCUGCUGAGCUUUUAACCAUAUCACACAGUCAUGUAUAAGUACUGUGGAUAAAACAGAUCAGCCUCCAUCAGAACUUAGCAAACUCCAUCUACUGAUUAAGACUGUUGGUUGUGGUUGAAAGCUCCGGCUGGACUUGCAUGGUUACACUACUUAUCUUAUGGUCACGUAAGUAAGUAAGGUCAAGUAAAAACAUUGUUAAUAAUGCUGAUUCCAUGCUUCUAUUUCUGAUAAGUUUCCUUUAAAAAGCACAUGACAUGACUUCAACUUGACUGCGGUGUUGUCCUGUUUGUACCUGAGGUAUCUUUUCAGCUAGUGGAGUUUAUGAAGACAGCUGGGGGUCGUGCUCAGCUGUGGUUUAUGUGGGAGAGAGCAGCAUUGACCAUUAGCUGGACUUGGCACUCUUCGGCUCGGCACAUUUGGCUCAGCCGUGAUAGAUGCUAUCAAUUACCCCUGAACAGAAAGCGGAAAUAAUUUUGUUAGUUUCAAUUCCCGCCUGGGUGGAAACAGGUUCCACCGGUGCUUAAAUGUGUUUUUGCUGUAAAACUGAGGUCAAAGCUGGUACCAAGUGAUAUUUGUGACAUUGUUGUUGUUGUUGCUGUUGGCUCCGCGAUUCUCAUCAGCAGCAGCCUCAACCUUUUCACUCUCUCUUCUAUCUCCCACACACACAGCCACAAACACACAUGAAUAAUGUAAGUGGCGAGGAAAUUGCAGCAGGCUGACAACGACGCUGAUUCCCCGCCGCAAUCCAAAAUAGUUUGUGAUAGAGAGAGAGAGAGAGGGGGCCAACACUUGCAUAUCAAACUGAGGCUUUGUGGUUGGAAAAGAAAGUGGGGAUGAGCAGGGGGAGUAGGGAGGGCAGGAAAGGCUCAUGUUUAAACAGCAGAGCAGAGAUGAGAGCAUGGAUUCACAAUGAUCUGAACCCCUUCCUCAUUCUCCGUUUCUUCUUUGGAACCAAAGGGAAAGCAGGGGAGAGGAGGUGAUUGAAAGGCUGGAGCUGUGUCAGUAAUUAUAGGGUGGCCAGUCAGAGUUGCCUGUUACAAUGAGCCGUUAUGUGGGUUCGACACACACUCAUUUUUCUCUCUCAGUCUGCCUAUAUUUGUACACUUGUUAAUAAGGACCUCUGUCUUUGAUAAUCCGCACACUCGCAGAUGCACGUACACUCCUGCACACAGUUGUUGUGUUGCUUUUGAAACCGUUGUUGUUCGUUAACCGUGUGGCCUCAUUGUAAUGCAUACCAAUGGGAUCAGUGUGGAACAGCACCACUUGUUCUCCCCCUCUCGCCUUCAUAUUGGAUGUUUAAUUUAGGAGAUGUCUGAUUGCUUUAUUUGAGAGCGAAGUGAUUCCAUUAUGUUUGUCUAAUAAGAGUGUACUAAUGUAAUAUUUUUUUUCAGCAUUCUUAAUUUCCAUACAUAUUGGGAUUAGUAGUUCAUUGGGAGGCACGCCGUCUGCCUAUGGUUUGUCUUAAUGAAAAGGGGAUGAAGAAAUCCAUUAACUUGUGUGCAGAUGUGGAAUUCAGCUCAGCACUUCCUAAGGCACGUUUUUUAAAGCACUAGUCGAUGCUACUGAAACAAAUGCAGCCACUUAAAUACAUAUUUAUGCUUGGGAAACGAAAAGAUUGAAUAAAGAGAGAGAAAAUUAAGAGAGAGCUUUCCAAUAUAAAUAACUAAAGGCCAGAUUCAAAUUGUAUUCUGUAAUAAAACAACACAUUUUCUUCUACAGAAAUCUGUAAUAAUGAUAACAACUUUUUUGCAGUCUUUGUAUCUUACCACUAUAUGGCCAAAACUAUAUGGACGCCAUUUCAUUACACCCAUCUUGAUAAAAUGAUCUCAGCUCAAGGUCCUUUUGCUGAGUUAUCCUGGAGCUUUCAGCAUUAUCAAAUGCUCCUCAUCCACAGAUUGAGUUUGCUCAAGACCUAACUCUCCAUGCUCCUGAGCACCUCUCAUACUGGCUCUAUGUUGUUUUUAAGUAACUGUUGUGUUUGUCCUCCUCCUAUUUUAGAAUUUUUUGUUUGAAUAUUUGGUCCAAGGUUUUAUAUCUUGUUUUUUUUUUUUUUACGCUCCUGUAAACUGUUGGAUGAAUACUGUUAUUGUUGUUGCAAUUUUUUUCUGGUAAAGUGAAUAGAGCAGAGUGAUUUGAAAAUGGUUGCCCAUACAGCCGUGUUUAGUCCUAGUUAAAGGAAUUCACCUACAAAAUCACCAUUUGUGUAUCAACUACUCAUCCGUGUUACAUUAAAUUCGUGAAGAAAACUGUUUUCUCGUAUGUCUCCACAGUGAAUGAAGAGUCCAAAAACAGAAAAUACAGAUUGGGGGGGUGUUGGACUGGCUGGUAAAUCUGGCUACAGCCCUGUUUCCAAGGUCAGGAACUGAACUGUCAUGCUUAAUUACACCCAUAUGUAAUUUGCACGUUAUUUCAAAGCAUGGGUGUAAAAAUGCUGCUGAACAGCCUCUUUUCUUCUGGGGAGGCUGUCAAAAACAUGCUGGAACCUGGCUGCAGGGAUUUGGCUCUCAGACGGCAUAUGAAUUCAUCCCAAAGGUGUUGGAUGAGGUUGAGGUCAGAGCUCAGUGCAGGUCCACACCAUUCAAGUACACAGUAUGUGUGCUCUGGCUGUGAAGUACACGUGUUGCUGUCUUUAGGGGGGUCAGUCAUGGUUUUAGUGUGUUUGGGGGCAUGGUGGUGCUGAAGCUUGGGUAAAAAUGUACUCAGAUUUUUUUUGUUAAUUUCACUGUAAUUUAAUUAGUAUUCAUGAUGAGCUGCAGCUAUGACGCAUGUGCCAGUCUUAGACAAACCAUCUGACAUUCUCUGGAAGCAUCUAAACAGACGGAUCCCACUGAGCCAGUGCCAUGUAAAUACAUUGAAGCUAUUAGUGAAUGUGAAAUUUCCACAUGGAGCAUAAGGGUCUAAAAUAACAUGUAAUGAAGCAACACUAUAAUCCCUCCACACAUUGGUACUUUAGAGGUGAUUGACAGGUUUUUCUAUAGAGGUUCCUGGUACAAUAUGAUUGGCUGACAUGUAGGCCACUCUUGAGUUCACACUGAGAUAAAUGCUCGGAACUGAUGCACCUUAAAGGCUACAUUAUUGCUUAAGAGCUGCUUGUGACCCUAAACGUCAUCUUCAGCACAAGCGCUGUUACAUGUAAAAUCUGUCAACAGUGGAAACCGUCUGCUCCUGUGUUUAUUUGAAAGAAGAAUAUUGUAUUAUGUAUGUCAGUGCCUUUGGUCAUUUUCUCCAUUUUGCUCUAUUUCUUUUUCUACAAAUCCACCAAGCAAAUUCUGUACAGCAGGGUUUUCUACUGCAGGUCAUUUUCAUAUCAGAAAUCAUACAAACUAGUAAAUGUUUACUCUGCAGCUAAAAUUGUUCUCAUUGCCAAACACGUAAUUGGUGGAAAGGAUAUAAAAGAUACAUGAGUCAAGUAAGAGUCUGCUCCAAUGCCAGUGUUAGAUAUUAGCCACAUCAAUGGCAGUAUGAUGAAUAAAGUA